GAAAGCACUCAUCAACAAAGAGAACCCCUCAUAAUUAUACUUUUACACCUUGGUACAGUAAUUACUAAAGGGUAAUACAGUAGAUUCUUCAGCCAGCAGAUAAGUCUUCAAAAAAUACUAAGGAGCAGCUGUUCCUAAUUACGAGAACAGUUUAAUAAUUAACACAGGGACAGCUUCAUCCUCAUCGCAGAAAAUAAUAAGAAAAGUAUUUAAGAUUUUCGUCUAUCCUGAUCCUCAGUUCAAGUCUUCAAAGAUUCAUGAUUCUUCUUAAUCAAAACUCUACUUAGUAGGAAAAUUUAUCCAGCAUCUACAGCAUCUUCUAGAAACGAGCUGCAACUUAGUUUCAAGGUAGUAGACCAAGUCUAGAAGUAGAACUACAGACAUUAUAUUUUUAAUCUAGCACCAGCACCAAGAAAACAGCCAACAAGAUGUCGACUUUUGGAAGCACCUUGAGCAACGGCAACAGCCUUGAUGCCGGGAAGAUUGAGGCGUUGCCCGAUAUGAAGGGCAAAAAUGUCCUCAUCACUGGUGUCUACGGUAUCGGUGGUGCGUUAGCCAUGCUGUGCCUGGAGAAGGUUAUGAAUUGUGGAGGAUGUAGUUCAUAUUCUUAAACGAAGGUGGGACAAUCCCAUUCUUCACGCCGUUCAGUAGGAAGCAGUAGAGACCUUGUUUCUAACCACAAUACAGCGGUUGGCCUAACCACAAUACAGCGGUUGGCUUCACUACUAAAGCAUACAAGAUUCAUUGUGUACUACUAGUUGUUCUAGCGCCGGCCAGCAGGCUCACGAGAGAGGCAAAAGGAAAUUUCUGCUGAUCCGGCGCCUGAGGCGCAGGGCUGAGGCAGGAGCCCAAUCUUCUAAUCUAGUAAUGUUGAUUACAACUAGUUAGUUAUUUCCUUUUCUCUAACCCUCGUGCGGAAAAAGUGAUCGCCGUGGACCGUGAGCAGUCUUCCUUGGACAAGCUGGCCGAUCAUGCGAAUCUGGUGAAAGUGACUGCUGACAUUGGAACGAAGGAAGGACCUAAGACGAUCGCUGCCGCCGCAGGCAACACCCCGAUUCAUUUUGUGAUGCUUGCCGCUGCUUGCCCCAAGAACACAGCAGGCAUGGGAACGAAUCUUACGAGCAUCUCGCGUGAGGACAUGGUACAGAACUUCCGUCUUGACGCGUACACGUUGUUCUCUUUGAAGAAUUCACACGAAUUUAUAGAUACGAAAAUUACUGCUCACUCCACAAUCAAAAACUCUCUCUCUGAAAACAGGAAGAUAUGAUGAACACGGAUGUUUAUGGAAAGCUCUUUGUCUGCCAAGCCAUCGGAGAAAAUCUGAAGAGUGCGGAACCGAAGGCUCGUGUCUUCAAUUUGGGUGGUACUUUUUGAAAUUGUAGUUUUUCAUCCCUCGAUGAUUUUGGAUUUGCUGCAAAAAUAGACUUUUGCUACCGCCCGCAAGAACUCAAUAUAAUUUCAACUCUCGUAAUAUCACACGAAACCUCGUCCAACAGUCUAGUACCUCUGCCACGUUAAAGAAAUUUUGAAACAAGUAGAAGAAACUACAUUUUUCUGUUUUUAUCAACGAACACUCAAUGAAUCACCAUAAUUCACCACAAAUAACACAAAGCCCCGUUUUCCGAUGGACCCAAGCCUGAUGGCACUUACAUGGUUGUGCCCGGAUGGGCUGGAUUUGGCGCGGCGAAGGCUGCCAACAAGUGGAUCCAUGAAGGCAUGAAGGCUGAUAUGAAGGAUUGGGCUUUGUUUGGAUAUGGACAUCCAGGAAUGACCAAGAGUCUGCUCACCGACGAAUUCGCCACCAAGUAUGACAAGGCACAUCCGAUGGCUGCUAUGGUACUUUUAACACAAGUGAAAGAUUAAGAUUCAAAGAACUUUGAAUUUUCGUUCCUACUGCUUACUAGUACUCAGUACACUGUUGAGUUAGGUAGUCAAAGUCAUCUGCUCAAAACAGUAUAACUUAGUACUGACUACAUGAUCGUUCCCACUUUUUUCAACUUCCUUCCAACAGCAUCCAUUCCCCACUACUCGUUGCAACACGCUUCCAACAUCUCCAACCGGCCAACAACAUCACGCAUAGGUCUCCAAGCGUUGGGAAGCGUCCGACUACCAUACCCCCGAAGAGACCGCGACUGUUUUCUACUCGAUUAUGACCAAGACCAGCGAUGAGGAUUAUCAGACUGGAACCUGGAAUGUCGUUCGUUCCUAUACCACGUUCGGCCAGGAGUUAGGCGUCAAGGAAAUCGCGGACGUCAAGGCUGGGAUUGCACUGCCACCUCCCGCUAAGUAAGUCUCCUAUGAUGUUAUUCUUAAUCUUAUUUUUAUUAGAGCGCUUACUAGUAGCAAAAGAGUCUAGUAAAGUUCGACCUACUUCUACUAGGAGAGGACGAACAAGUAGAGUUGUCUAGUUCAUGCGAGGAGAGGAGGUUCAAUCGAGUGCUCACUAGUAUGCUUUAAGUGAGUCAGGAGAAUCUUCUAUGUCUAUCCUGACUAAGAAAGACUGGCUGCUGUUAGCUUAUCCUGAUUGUCUUCACAAAAAGAACAAUUGCGAAUGAAUUUUAGACUUUGAUAGUUGUAUCGAAAAUAAGCUAUAUCUACUUAUGUUGUCGCGAACUCUUUUCUUGAACAUUAUGAUGAACUAUUGUCCAUUAUCGAGUUGUUCAAGUGCGUAGCUAUUUUUAGGCUUGAAAAACCAGAAUAUCAAAUAAAGUGUACUAGUCGAAGUCGAGGAAGUUGCAAGAUCAUGAUGAUUGUACCUGAUGUUUUUUUCUCAAAUCCCUUGUGCGGCGGAAUCUAUCAUUUCUGCGUCAGAACCAUCAAAAAACAUGGUUCGACGCUCCCAGUUUGGGAUUUAACCUUGUUAAUAUUUUCUUUCUUAUAUCUUCGGUUGAUUUUGAGUGGUUGGCAAGAUUCUUUGUUAUAUCUUGCAUAGAAGUGUGCAUAGAAGUGCAUAAUAUUACAUACAGAUAGGUUUUGCGCUCAACAACAUGGGGAGAAGAUGCUCUAUGAUCUAAAUCUAUCAUGAACAAAAUGCCUAUCAGCAUACAUUUCUUUAACGAAAGAUCAAUAUUUUGCAAGAAGAUUUACGGUUAAAUUAUUGGUCAACACACAAAAGCAUCAAAAUCCAUCGAGAGACAAUAUUUCAAUGGUUAUAGUGAGAAGACAGACUCCCACGACUUGUUGUUGAUAUGUAUCUUCUAGUUUGACGAACAAUGUACCUUAACCUUGAUCGAGAUGAUAGCAUGAUCCGACAUUGAUUUAUAAUGCCUGAGGUAGGAUGGAAAAACGGAGCAUAAUACUCCUUCUAUCUCGUCGUCGGAGACAGACCGACGCACCAAAAGAAAAACAAGCGACAAAAUGUGAGGUAGUCUAGUAGUAGUAGAAUGUUUCUAUCAUCAAGAUAAGACUAAAAUAAAGUGAAACUACUACUUGAACUUGGAAGAAAGUGAAACUACUCCCUCAUGGUGAUCGUAAACCGGUCGCAAGAAAUAGCGGCGUUGAUCUUGUAUGUGGCUGUUGUAAUGAUGUCGAU